CAUAUAGAGGCGUGAAUGUGACAUUCCUCGCCAAGUUCUAAAUUGAUUUGCUUGAGCGAUGUCGGCGGAUAAGACGACCACUGGGCUUACAGUUGAAAAAGGACACGGUGACAGUGAAGGAAAUAAACUUUCAGGUAAGAAGAGGGAGGGUUACCUGGAAUGGCCAGAGUAUUUUAUGGCCAUAGCUUUUCUGUCAGCACAACGAAGUAAAGACCCAAGAACGCAGGUUGGGGCUUGUAUUGUGAAUACAGAUAACAAAAUUGUGGGCAUAGGCUACAAUGGUAUGCCACAGGGCUGUAAUGAUGACAUCAUGCCAUGGAGCAGGACUGCUGAGAACAUACUUGACACAAAACAGCUCUAUGUGUGCCAUGCAGAGUUGAAUGCGGUGCUGAACAAGAACUCCACUGACGUCAAGGACUGUACAGUUUAUGUGGCUCUGUUCCCUUGUAAUGAGUGUGCCAAAGUUCUCAUUCAGUCUCGGAUAAAGGAGGUGGUGUACUACUCGGACAAAUAUCACCAUAAAGUAGAGUUUGUGGCUUCUCGGAGGAUGCUAGACAUGGCUGGAAUCAAACACAGACAAUAUAGACCAAAGCAAAGUCAGAUUGUUAUAGACUUCACCUUGAUUGACAAAAUGAACAAUGGGAUCGACACAUCCAUCGAAGAACCCAAGGUUGUUCAAGACGGGCAGGUGACAUCUGAAGUAGACGCAAAGUGAUAGUCAUUGGGAAGGAAAACACAGUGUGACGAUAAGGAUUUGUUGUGAUGUACAAAUAUCAAUUAUGCUGUAUGGGUCCUGACUAAAAUUGUUAUUUUAAGAGAUAUGUACAGGUUGUGAAGUUUUAACUAAGGCCAAACAAACAUAUUGGUUCCUGUCACAAGUCUGUUGAAAAAGAUUUAAGCAGGUAGCUUGAAAAUAAAUCAUAUUUUAAAUAUUUUUAUUAGGUUUAUCUAUGAGAGUGAUGUGAACUUUAACAUUGCUUCCUUAAAAAAUAAUACAAAAAAAGAAAGAUUUAGGCAAGGCAAAAUAUAUAAGCGUAGGUGUGAUAACCUUGCUUCAAACUUCCAGAGAUAAUAUGUAGCUCAUCAGCUUAGAAGUAGCUCUUAGCAUACUUUAUUAGCUCAAUGAUAUGUGAGUAUCACAGCUUAAUAGCUGUUAUUUGCAUAAAAUGGAUUUCAAAUGAUAAUAUUUUGAUAAAGGAAUGUGAUAUAUUAAAGUACUAAAAUAAAGUACUAAUUUGUUUCAAAACCAUACGUUAAAGACAAACUAUGGUAUGUAACGAAACUAUCCAGUUCUCUUGAGGUUACUAAGUCAAGUUUCACUGUUGGUCAAGAAUUCUAGCCUACAUUGAUCUGGAUGAGUCCAUUAUGGUCUACUGUGGCGAAAGUGUUAAGUUAUGGACUGGUUAGGACUAGCUUCAUGUGUUCAUUGUAUGUUUUUUCUACACGUUUAGAGUGUCUACUCUUCAUGGAUAUUGCCAUUCUUAAUACAUGUACAAGGUAACUAUGUGCUAAAAAUGAGGUCAGUGCUUGAAAAGUACUGGAAAACAGGUUGAUCCUGGAGAAGUGCUAGAAUUUAAUCAAUAUUCCUUGUAAAGUGCCGAAAUAUAUGUACUAGAGACAAUUAAAUUAAUAUGUAUUCUUUUCUAUGGAGAACUGAUUCAGAGUUGUAUGUUGUUGUAUGUUGACAAUAAAAUUAUCAUAAGAACUUAA